AUGGCCAUCGAGGUGUGCUCGGAGAUUUCUAGCCCUGGAUUUAGUCCAAGAAUUUCAUUUUCUCAUGAUCUAGACAAGACAUGUCCUGUUGCAAAAGAAGGGCAACGAUUAGACUCUUCUCUCUUGGAUUCAAGCUCUGAUUUUGACUUCUGCAUUGUCAAUAACCUUAAACUAGAGUUGUCUUCUGCAGAUGAGCUUUUCUCCAAUGGGAAGAUUCUUCCUGUCCAAAUCAAGAGAAAUCCCAAUGCCACUGCCGCCAAAGAAGCCCAUCAGCCUGAUGAGGUUGUUAAUCCUCCACCUGCUCAUCAUCGUCCAACAACUAGGAACACAACAGAGAAGAAGAGGUUGAAAGAAUUCUUAGACACCAACGUUGAUGCAGAUGAAGAUGAAGAUGAGAAGCCUCCAACAAAGCCUUUCUGGCAGUUCAGGCGAAGUAGCAGCCUCAAUUGUGACACUGCUCGCGGCAAGAGCUUAAUUCGGUCAUUACAAUUUCUUUCAAGAAGCAAUUCAACCGGGUCGGCUCCAAAUGCAAAGCAGACAGUGGCUCCAAAGGAAACUCAUCAGAAGCAGCAUUUGCAGAAACAACCAUCUAUUUCAAGCAGAAGAUCAUCUGCAUCAUCAUAUUCAAGUACAUAUUAUGCUUAUAAUAAUUCAUGCCCGCAAAAGCCUUCGUUAAGGAAGAGUGGAUCUUAUGGCAAUGGGGUUAGAAUUAGUCCUGUUCUGAAUCUCCCACCACCAUACAUUUCCAAAGUGACAGUAAGUUUUUUUGGGUUUGGUUCUCUCUUCUGUAAUGGUAAGUUAAAAAAGAAGAAGAAAUGA